AUGAUAUCCAUCCGGCUUGCACUUGAGCUAGCAGUUUUUACGUUUCUGACUCAUAUUUGCUCGAAGCACCAUUUCGACAAACGUCUCCUACUUGCGCUAGUCAGGCAUAGCCGGAGCAAACCUACAGAGUCGAGGGAGCACCAUUGCCUACGAAUGUUAGCAAUCAGACGACCACACAGGACAAAUGGGACCAAGGAGUAUACCAUAGGAACAACCCGCAAGCGAGCACAUGGACUGAUGCUUAGCGAGCUGUUCAGUGUCAAUCCGAGUGGCCUCAAGGUCAGCAUCGAGGACUGCCAGCGCAUGAGAUCAGGAAACGAUCGCAUUGAUCCUGCAGAUCCCGGAUUCAUCGUGGCAGACUUCUGCCCAAAGCUUUGGACAGAACUGGACCUAGAGACGAGGUGCGACGAAAAGCUCAGUGCAUCAAGAUCUCGAUCUCUUCGCUUCCAGAUUUAUGAAUGCAUAUGCCAGGCCAAUGAUUUGAAUCACGAGGUGCAUUUCGCUGCCCUCAGAGAUGUCCUCAAAUGCCCGAGCCUAAUUGGUCCACCGUAA